CAAAACCACUUUGACAUGAUGCUUUUCAAUUCUCAGACAGUAGAGAUGAGAGUCCAUAUGGACUGCCCCGGAUGUGAGAGCAAGGUUAGAAAUGCCCUUCAAAAGCUAAAAGGUGUGGACAACGUUGAUAUAGACAUGGCCAUGCAGAAGGUGACGAUCACCGGAUGGGCUGACCAGAAGAAGGUUCUCAAGACAGUCCGGAAGACUGGUCGUAGGGCUGAGCUCUGGCAGUUCCCCUACAGCGCAGACCACAAUAACUUCAGUACAGAUCAAUAUUAUAAUCAGCAGUGCAAUGGCCCACUCAACGACUAUGCACCUCAGCCUUCAUCAUGGUACAACUACUACAAGCAUGGCUACGAUGGCCCUUCUCAUGGCUAUUCUCAAAAUCCUGCAAAUUCCACUAGUGCUUAUGGCUAUCAAACCACUGCUGCCUUUAGUGAUGAGAAUCCUCAUGCUUGUUCUAUAAUAUGA